UGCAAUAUCGGUUAACAGCAUACUAGUCCUUUAAUGACGAUCGCUUUGUUUUGCUUUUGCACAGUAUUUGUGAAAUUAUGUGAAACGACUAAACAUUGUUAUUUUUAGCUUCUAUUGUAAAUCACAGAUGAAUGUGAAUCCCAACUGUCCUUGCUGCAUAUAUUCACCAUACCAAAUUCGCUGACCACAGUAUCUUAUCAAUAUUGUGGGAAACUUAUCAAAUAACUACGAAUCAAUAUAUGUAUAAAGGGGAAAAAGUGUUAAAAGGAAAAGAAAUGUCCAAUAUGCCAAUAUUGACAGCGGCGCAGGAGCGCACUCGAGAAUGGCUGGAAUCCCAGGAGGAUGAGCUGGAAUCGAUUGCGGAGUCAUCGGUGGUCGAUAGCUUGGAUGAUUAUAAAUACAGUGAGCACACGUUCACCGAACUAGAAGACAAUGAUGAUGAUGAUGAUGAUGACGACGCUGGCGAAGAAGUCAGCACCAUGGCACUGGGCACACGAAUGGGCGAUAGCAAAGGCUCCAUCAUAAGAGACACACUGCGCGAUCUGAUCAACUCUAUCAACAGCAUUCAAACGGUGGGCAAUGUGAACAUCAGCAAUUCCACCAACGUUCACAUUGGCAAUGUCACCAACAUCAACGGCAACAUACAGAUCAUCGCUGAGACCCCUGCAGCAUCACGUCCCCGCAACACACAUCGUCGAGUGCGUCGAAAGGUGUCACCGGUGAAUAAGCCAGAUCCGGAACAGAACCAUGAGGAACAGGAGCUGGAUGAGUCCGAGGAACGUGUCAGUGCCAAUGUUUUUAUCAGUAGCCAAAAAUUCAAAUUACCCAAAGAGCUAUGUUCCAUAGUGCCCCGACACUCCUGGCUAGCCCAAAAGCCCAUGGAGGAUCCCGUAAAACUAGAGCUGCCCGUUAAAUAUGUAGUCAUAUUACACACUGCCACCGAGAGCUCCGAGAAAAGAGCCAUAAAUGUGCGAUUAAUCCGCGACAUUCAGUCCUUUCAUAUCGAGGGUCGUGGCUGGAAUGACAUUGCAUAUAAUUUUCUUAUCGGCUGCGAUGGCAAUGUAUACGAGGGUCGUGGCUGGGAAACUGUGGGAGCACACACCCUGGGCUAUAAUAAAAAAGCCCUGGGUUUUGGUUUCAUUGGAUGCUUUAUGCGUGAGUUGCCCACAACGGAUGCGCUUAAUAUGUGCCGGAAUCUGUUGGCGCGCGGCGUCGAGGACGGUCAUAUAAGUCCAGAUUACCGGCUAAUUUGUCACUGCCAAUGCAAUUCGACCGAGAGUCCGGGUCGUCGACUGUUUGAGGAGAUCCAAACCUGGCCACAUUUCUAUAAUAUCGCUCAGGAAGAUUAACAGAUGCGAUUUACAUGACAUUUCGAACUGAAGUUCGUUAAAUAUAAAUUGGUGAUUGUCCUGGACAAAUAUUGGCUUUAGUAUUUAAUAAUUUGUUGUUACCAUUUUUUUGUGUCUUUAUAUAAAUAUAUAAAUAUACUGGCAACAGUAUAACAAUUUCAUGCA